AUGUCAUGGUUUGCCCGAUCAAUAGCCAGUACGCUAAAAUUUGACGAAAACGACGAUGACGUCAGCACCGGCAACAAACCCAAACCGGAAAACCUCCUCCAAGACGACGAUUUUUCAUCUCCAAUAUCUCCGUCUGGGGGCGUCAAGGAAGACUUCUCGGAACUCACCAAAACCCUCAAGAACCAAUUCUGGGGUGUCGCCUCAUUUCUAGCCCCACCGCCACAGCUCGAUCCGAAUAAAUCAGAACAAGAACCGGAUCCGGAUGAGAAAUCUGGGAUCCAGACUGAUUUAGCGGAGAUCGGGGGAAGGUUCAGGAACGGAAUUUCGAAGCUGUCGAAUAACAUCAACGUGUCGGAAAUUACCAAAAUGGCUUCGAAUUUUCUGCACUUGGAAUCUGAUGAUGAAAUUGAAAAGGAAGGUAGUGCAGAGAAUUUUGAUUCGGCUAGGAAAAAAGUGGUUGGUGUGACUGAGGAAGUGGUGACUUUCGCCAGAGAUAUUGCGAUGCAUCCCAAAACUUGGUUGGAUUUCCCAUUGCCGGAAAAUGAUGAUUUUGACAUGUCCGAUGCCCAACAAGAACAUGCCUUAGCUGUUGAACAUAUUGUCCCAAGAUUAUCUGCUUUGAGGUUUGAGCUUUGCCCAGGAUACAUGAGUGAAAGUUGCUUCUGGAAGAUCUAUUUUGUACUCCUGCACCCUCGACUGGAUAAAGAGGAUGCUGAAAUUUUAUCAACAUCCCAGAUAAUAAAAAUCAGAAGCUCGCUUGCACAGGACUCAAAGAACCAGAUACCAACAAAACUAGAAGACGUACCUGUAAAAGGAUCUUCUGAUCCAAAAGACAGUACCGCUCCUCAUGAAGACUCCCUUUACAUGUCAUCAUUUGUUACUUCUGAAAAUGAGCCUGAAAAAGCAUCUGCCCUUGAAUUAAGCACUUCCACUGUAGCUUCUGCUUCUGAAAUAAUGAAGCACCAAGUUGAGAGCAUUGAAAUUCAAAUUGUUGACAAAUCAGUGAUUGAAGAAGAGGUCGUUGACCAAGUCAAGGAUCAAAACUUGAACUCUGGUCCCUCUAAUGUUUUGGAAGUGGAGGAUGAGGAUCAGAAUGAUGGUAAUGACUGGUUAAAAGAAGAAAGUUCUGAAAUUGGUGGUGCCAGUGGAACCACCAUCCCCAUUGAGAAUGAGGAUGAUGUGUCAUUUAGUGAUCUUGAAGAAGAUGAUGGAGAUGUGCCUGCCUGUUUCAAUAAAACAAAUUACAGUUCUGAAAAAGACUCACGAGACUUGUUAGAUGUUGAAGAAAUUGAUGUGUCGUGA